UUCUCUUCAUUGGUUUGUCAUGGAUGAUCAUGGUUUCGGCUCAAGACUCCCCUCGAUAUGCUUGUGACACAGAGAAAAACCCGGGAUUAAAGAAGUACAAGUUUUGUGAUACUUCACUUGUUAUCAAAACAAGGGUGAGUGAUCUGGUGAAAAGUAUGACAUUGCAAGAAAAAGUGGGAAGUAUAGUGAGUGUAGCCGAUAGCAUCCCUCGCCUUGGGAUACCGUCGUAUGGGUGGUGGUCUGAAGCGUUACAUGGUGUAUCGAACAUGGGACCUGCCACUUGGUUUAAUAAGAGCGUGAUCCCCGGAGCCACAAGUUUUCCUCAAGUUAUUCUCACUGCUGCUUCAUUCAAUGAAACUUUAUUCUAUACUAUUGGAAAGGUGGUUUCGACAGAAGCAAGAGCAAUGUACAACAGUGGUGUAGCAGGACUAACAUUUUGGUCACCAAAUGUGAAUAUUUUUCGAGAUCCAAGAUGGGGAAGAGGGCAAGAAACGCCAGGCGAAGAUCCAGUUCUGACUAGCAGAUAUGGAGCAACUAAUGUUAGAGGUUUACAAGAAACAGAUGACGGUGAUGAUGAACGUCUCAAAGUUGGAGCUUGUUGCAAACAUUACACUGCUUAUGAUCUCGACAACUGGACUAGUGUUGACCGAUACCAUUUUAACGCUUUCGUAUCAAAGCAAGAUAUGGAGGAUACAUAUAAUCCUCCUUUUAAAAGCUGUGUUUUGGAUGGAAAUGUUGCAAGUGUUAUGUGUUCAUACAAUCAAGUUAAUGGCAUACCGACUUGUGCUGAUAAGGUGCUUUUGGAAGAUAUUAUUCGUGGUGAAUGGAAAUUAAACGGGUACAUUGGUUCAGACUGUGAUUCAUUACAGGUGAUGUUCAAUAGCCAAAAUUGGGCUAAAACACCGGAAGAAGUUGCAGCAGAUACAUUAAACGCAGGGUUGGAUCUCAAUUGUGGGGAUUCACUAAAGAAAUUCACAGAAAGUGCAGUAAAAAGGGGGCUAGUGAAAGAAUCAGUGGUGGAUCGGGCUGUCACGAACAACUUUUUGACACUUAUGAGGCUUGGGUUUUUUGAUGGGCACCCGAGUAAGCAAUUGUAUGGAAAUUUAGGAAAAAAAGAUGUGUGCACCGAGGCUAACCAGAAUCUAGCCCGUGAAGCUGCUAGACAAGGAAUUGUGUUACUUAAAAACAGUCUUAACAAGUUGCCACUCGAUAAAUCAUCAAUCAAGUCUCUAGCAGUAAUCGGGCCUAAUGCUAAUGCAACAAAAGCCAUGAUUGGAAACUAUGCAGGGGUACCAUGUAAAUACACAUCACCUCUAAUAGGGCUUUCGGAUUACGUUCAUACAGUUUAUGAAGAAGGUUGUGAUGUAAAGUGUAAAUCGACUGCCAAAUUUGAAGAUGCUAAGAAUGCAGCGGGUAAGGCAGAUGCUGUUGUUUUAGUCAUGGGCACGGAUCUUUCUAUAGAAGCUGAGGCUCUAGAUAGGACUGAAAUAGACCUUCCUGGACAACAAGAACUACUUGUCACCCAAGUCGCGUAUGCAUCUAAAGGACCGGUAAUUCUUGUUAUAAUGUCGGGUGGGGGAAUGGAUGUUGAUUUUGCCAAAGGGGAAACGAAAAUUCCUAGUAUUUUAUGGGUUGGGUUUCCGGGCCAAGAAGGUGGUGGUGCUUUAGCUGAUGUCAUAUUUGGUGCUUAUAAUCCAAGUGGACGACUACCAAUGACAUGGUAUCCACGAACAUACGUUGACUCAGUACCCAUGACCAACACCAACAUGAGACCAGACCCGGUAAUGGGCCAACCGGGCCAAACCUACAGGUUCUAUAGAGGUGAUGCAGUUUACCCAUUUGGGUUUGGGCUAAGCUACGGUUCAUUCAAUCACAAACUUGUUAAAGCACCUAAUAAUGUGUCAAUCCCAUUGAAUCAGACUCACUCUUGUCGUUCCUCAACAUGCAAUGCCAUAGAUGUAGAUGAUAAUGUCUGCAAUGGCUUUUAUUUUGAUGUCUAUAUGACGGUAACAAACUCGGGAAAUAUAGGUGGAAGUCACACGGUGUUGCUAUUCUCCUCUCCACCUAUGAUAUACAAUGCACCGUGGAAGAUGUUGGUGGAUUUCAAGAAGGUGUGGUUGGCGCCGUUGCAACGAGCUGUGGUGAGCUUUAGAGUGAAUGUAUGCAAGCAAUUGAGUGUGGUUGAUGAGGAUGGUAUGAGGAAGAUAGCAUUGGGUGGAUAUAAUUUUCAAGUUGGUGACAUCAAACACCACAUAGUUCUCAAGGUUUAA